AAUCUGUGACAUCAGCAUUAUGAGGAAAAGUGAUUCAAGCUGGCAGAGGCCUACAACUGCCACAGGUACGGUCACUGAUAAACUUUAUAUCAAAACUUUGACAAGACUCAUCACGCCCAGUGGUGUUUUGUGGUCGAUCUUAAAUGCGCAUGAAGAACUUCCUGUUAAGAGAAAAGAGUUUUGUACUUGUUGAACUGAACUGGAAAGUGACUUCCUUGUUUGAGCUGGAAGCUUACAGAAUGUCAUGGCACGUAGAACUCCAUGCUGAAAUAAGAAUGUCCAUGAAAUUGUGCACCUCAGCUCAAGUUUUUGAAGAAGAAUAUGUUGGAAAACUGCAUGUGAUGUGGGUUGAGUAGCAAGUAAAACUGAAAAUGAGUCACAGAGGACAAGAUAAUCAGGGGACGGGACUGAGAGACAUCUUUGACAUAAUAGUUAACGCACCUCCGGAGCGACUGCUAAGCCUGACAUUCCAGCUGGGCAAGUCUCCUGAAGAAAAUAUCAUACACUUCUUGUGUCUGAUUGUUCUCCAGAGAGAGGCGCUGGCCCUGAACGAACUCCAGACACUGAAGAACAACUACCUCGCUAACUAUCUGGCUGAAAAGUGGCAGAUCAGUGGAGGUAAAUUAGAAGAUUUUGGUUUUCAUUGUGGUCAAUUCCAAGAGUUAACAGGAGAAUCUUUGGCAGUGUUGGCUCGCAUUUUCAAAGUUUUGUCAGAACAGAGGCUGUGUGAUCCACUUUUGAGAAAUCUGGCAUAUAACAGAGCCCUUUCCAGUGACAACCAAAAAACAAGCCAUUGUGAGGAUCUGGAGUAUGAUGAACUCAGAGAGGAAGCUAAAGUUGUGUGUGGGCCUCAGUUUGCAGAGUUGAUGUGCUCCUCCACGGAUCUCAAGUCAGGGUCUUACGAUGAUCCUCAUAGCAGCCUGAAUGAAGGAAACACAACUCUAAAAGUUACUCUGUUAAAGGAUCAGUCAGAGAGAGCUCACAGUCUGCCUAGCCCACUGCAGGUGAGCUCCUCAAUGCCCUCAUACCCUACUCAUCUGGAGAUAAGCAUACCUCCAACGGCCUUGUUUCAAGAGGACAAAAUAACCCCAGAAACAUCAGAUAAAUCCAAACUAAUCGCCCCCGUCCUCCUUGUUGGUGAAUGUGAAGCAAAAAAUGCACCUGGGCAAUCUCAGAGGUUUGAGGAGCCUCAGCCUAACUCCAAUGAACCUUCUAUUUUUAUAGCAAAGAAACACUCAAAGAUGGAUGAAACAUUAGCUGCAGAGAGCAGUAAGUUGGACAGUCUUAUCACUCAGAAUGAGACUCCAAAACAAACCACCAAACCAGCCGCUGAACCAAAAUUUGCACUACCAACUGCAGCAAAAAUUGAUGCAAACAAGAUGCUUCUUGCAAAUGAAAUGUGUGAAAGUAAAGGUGCAGAACAGGAUGAAGAAGAAAUAUUUUAUGCCUUUGUUAUCUUGCACGCGCCAGAGGAUGCAGAUAUGGCUGAGAGCAUGAGGGAUAAACUGGAGAUGGUCAUUGGUAGUGAAGGUGCAACUUUCUCUGGGGACUUUGCUGUCCCUGGAAAGAGCACUCUGAGGUGUAUGGAGGAUGCUAUCAACAACUCAGCCUUUACUCUUCUGCUGCUUACCCGCAACUUCAACACUCGCAUGCUGGAGGUGAAGACAAACUCUGCCCUUGUCAACUCCAUAAACAAGACACACAAGUACAACACUGUUAUCCCUGUGUUGCCACGGGAGAACUGCAUGCCCAAGCCGAGCAUCCCUCUGGUUUUGCAGACAAUAGUUCCACUCGAGGAGAACAAGAGCUUUGAGAGAAUAAUCCAGAAGUUAUUGUCUCCGGCAAAGAUUAAAAGACAGAGGACAUUCUGGACUGCGGAGCAGACAGUGAAAAUGCAGAUGGAGAGACAAGAGAGACUAAAGCAUUUAAACCAGAACCAAAAGCAGUUGAUCAAAGAGUGUAAAACAGCACAGUUGCUGGAGAAAGAGAACCUCAGCCUUUUAAUGGCACAACAACUUCUUCUGGGUGCCAGUGCGCCACCACAACAGGAUGGUUGGUGGCAACACCAACAACCAAAUAUUCGUAUUGAAAAUGCUAAGUACAUUAUGAUUGGUAAUGAUUCUCAAAUGACUGUGGAUAUGGGUGGAGGUACAGACAAAGAUGAUUCAGUUUACAGAGAGGAGGGGCAAUAAACUAAAAUGAUUUUCUGGAGAAAUGUUUUUGUAGAAAAUGAGAAAUAAUCAUGUUUUCUGAACACUAAAAUGUCAGAGCUGUAACAACCACUGGGUAUUCACUGCAGAUUGUUUUACUGUAUUUAAACCUGUUGGUGAAAUAAAAUUCAAUAAAACUGUCAAACGAG